AAUCUAAGCUUGUUGUAAUCUUUGCUUUUUACUAAUAUGUUCAAAGGAAGUCUGGACUAUAAUUUGCCAUUUGUAAUGGAUAAUGUUGCAGGCAGAGCUUUGUAGAAGGGGAGGAGCGAGGAGGUUGGAGUGGCAGCACAGAGGGGACAGUUUAGGAGUUCAAAUGAAGGAAAACAAAUAGUGCCAUGGGUUUCUAUUGUCUCUGUGGGAGUGCAGAGGAUGGACCCUUUCAUCAAGGUGGCAGCACAUCAGAAGAGCUGGCAGAGGGAUGUACACACUUCUCACCCAAGGAGCCCCAAAUGCAACAAGAUUAUGAAGAUUUGAUAUAUCCGCUGGGAGGCGAAACACGGUGGCUACAUAUCAAAAGACAGGAUUAGUUGCCUUUUCAUUUCAUCUCCUCUGGCCUUGCCUCGACCAUGAGGCUAGAGCGCGGGCGGCGGGCUUCUCUGGCGCUCACCCUCAACUUUGUGGCGUUUGCUUUUGCCUUAUCCGCGGUGACCACCAGCUACUGGUGCGAGGGGACCAGGAAGGUGGCCAAACCCUUCUGCACAGGCCCACCGGUGAACAAGAAGGAGUGGUACUGCAUCCGCUUCAACAGCACCAACCUCAACGACAGCCGCCUAGUGCAGUACAUCUUUGAGACGGGGGAGGAGAAGUUUCUGAUGAGGAAGUUCCACACGGGGAUAUUCUUCUCCUGCGAGGAGGCGGCUGACAUGAACGGGUUUGAAUGUCGAGAAUUCUCAGAUAUUGCACCUGAAAAUGAAAGAGGAGUGCUGUGGUUGUGUAUCGUGGCAGAGACCCUGUACCUCACCCUGCUCUUCGCAGGCGGGGCUCUGAUGGCUCUGGAGCAGUGCCCCUGCUUUAGUGUCAUGAACAAACUGAAGCUCAGUGCCUUCGCUGCCAUGUGCACUGCCCUGUCAGGCCUUUGUGGGAUGGUGGCCCACAUGAUGUUUACCACCAUAUUCCAGCUGGCUGUUGCCACCGGGCCAGAAGAUUGGAGGCCCAAAACAUGGGACUACAGCUGGUCUUAUUUAUUAGCAUGGGGCUCUUUUGGCACCUGCAUGGGGUCUGCAGUGACGGCACUGAACCGCUACACAAAGACAAUCAUCGAGUUUAAAUACAAACGGCGGAACAUCGAGAAGAGCCUGAUGAUUAAGCAGAACAUGAUGGAGAUGAACGUCCCCGAGCAGAUGUGGGACAUGUACCUGACUACUGUGCCGGUUGAUGCCGAGGCGCCUCUAGAACUGCCGGUCAAUGGCCACAAGCCAUCCACAGGAACGGCGUACGAGGUCGAAAUGGACAAUGUACCAGAACCACAAGGAGAGGCGUACUGUUAAAGAUGGAAACGUUUCUGGGGUUGAUUUCCUGGACCUACACUGACUCUUGUUCUUGGAUUUAAAUAUUUACUUCAGGACUUUUUGUAUAUUUUUUUCCUCUCCACACAUCAGAUGUGUCUGGUUCUUUAAAGAAAAAUAAUGUGAGAAGCAGGGAAGGGGAAAGGGGCUACAUUUCACUCUAAACUGGAUCCACAUGCUCCUGAGGAAAGACUGAUCCUUAAUUUCUGCUUUAGCUUCUGCUGAGCCAGCCUGUUUCGUUUAGGUUUGAUCAGACUGUCCUCUGAAGAACGAGGCUCAAUGAUCUGCUUAGCAAGAGGAAGAGAAAAUUACCUCAUUCUGUACCAUCAGGGACGUAUCGCCGAAUCACCGCAGGUCUGCCUGCACAGACCACACUCUGUAUGAAGUGUCCAGUAACAUCUAAUGUUGGACAGUCAGUCAACUAUAAAAGACUUAAAAAAGACAACAAAUUAAUGUCAAAUAGCAAACAGGGACACAAAUACCUGCCAAGACAUACAAAACAACCACUGAACCUGUGAAACAACCACAAAACAGCCACUCAAACAAUGA